CAUAUCUUAUGACUCAGUCAUACGCGGAUCAUGUCGAGUGCGAAGCUUCCUCUGACUAUCGGCGUUAUCGUCUUCGACGGCGUCGUACAGCAGGAUUAUGUGGGGGUCAUCUCGUAUCUUGAGCAGCUCCCGACCGUUUGUGAUCAACCUGUCAAGUUCCUCACCAUCUCGUUAACGUCGGGGCCUCUUCGAAGCGGAAAUUCGCUGGGCUUCGGAAUGCCGCUGUAUGCCACGCACGGAUUCGAAGACGCCACAGAGCAUAUUGACAUUCUCGUCAUCCCGGGGGGUUCUCCUGGCCGGUUGGUCAUGCAAAAGCACGAGAAGUUCAUGAAAUUUCUGAAGGGGGUCGCGGACACGGCGACUCACGUGUUGACGGUGUGUACCGGUUCGGCCAUUCUGGCGACGACAGGACUGCUAGAUGGCAAGAGGGCGACUACCAACAAAAUGGCGUAUCAGAGCGUCGUGGAAGCCCAUCCGACCGUCAACUGGGUCCACAAGGCGCGUUGGGUACAGGACGGCAAGAUCUGGACGAGCUCCGGUGUCACGGCGGGGCUGGAUAUGGCACAUGCGUUUAUGGCGUCCACGUACGACCAGAAUGUCGCGGAAACGAUGGCUCGCUACAUGGAAAACGUGCCGAACACUGACCCGAAUAACGACCCGUUUGCUAGUGUGUUAGCGUGCUGAAGGUUUGAAGAGAGAGCGCUUUUAAAUCGGUGGUGUUUGACUAUCAAGUUCUUCAAAUCAUGUUUGAGAAAAAAAAAAUUGAAUUGUAAUAGACUUACUUGUCUUGACUCCCUCGA